AUGUCGUUGGGAGUUGAUGUAACAUUGCAGUUGUUGCUUUGUGUUUUUACGUUGUUGUUGGCCAACAAUCUGUCACAUGGAGGGGACGAUGUUCAGUUCAUGAACAGAUCUUCUUCGAUAAUAAACGAUGAGCGGGGAGCGGGUCAACAUAUGCUCGAAAAGAAACAAAUCUUUCAAGUGGCUCUGGUCCUGUGCCAGCCGCAUCAACAUCUGCAGAACCUCGCUUGUGAAGAUGAAAAACAACUUGAUGGCCACCACAUUCAAGGGGAAAAAAAAGGUUCAAAUGUUUUUGAUUUAAAUUUUCAUGGUGCAAAUGUUCAUGAUUCAAAUUAUCAUGAUGCAAAUGUUCAUGAUUUAAAUUGCUUGCAAUUUAAAUCAUGA